AUGCCGGGCCAAAGUUGUGUGAUUUGUGGUCGAGGAUAUGGGACAGGUACAAUAGUACACAUUUUCCCAAAUCCAACCAAAUUUCCUGAACGUUUUCGAGAAUGGGUUCAUAUUGUAGGAGGAAAUCUUGAAACUCCAGCUGACUAUGAAUAUUACAAAAAGAAGAGAAUAUGUGAUAUUCACUUCAAAGAUAAACAUAAAACCAGCUGUCAUCGUUUAAGUGUAUAUUGCAGUUCCCUGCCUUUAUUUACCUGGUUCAUCAAAUACUCAGGAAAAAUCAGUGGAUAGUCCAACUAUUGCUGAUGUUUCGAUGCCUAUUUCUAAUCAAUCAGAAGAACCAAUUGCUCUUUGUUAUAUUAGUCAUUCUCAAACUGACAAACAACCAAUUCUGGCUAUCAACUUGUUUACUGCUCCUAGUACAUCAGGCCACCAUACAUCAUUGUCAUCAUUAGUGUUAAUGGAACACAACUACACUGCUUUAAGACCUGAGCUAAAAAAAACAUUCAAAGGUGUCUCGAAAGGUGGCGUAGUUAA